AUGUUUCCCAAGGUGACUGCUCGUGGCUGCUGUGAAGCGAACGAUGCUGCCAUCUUUUCGUUCGCGAACUCUCUCUGACUUCCGUCUUUCCAGACAAUGUCUUGGGUCUACGUCCUCUUCGUUGCCUUCGUUGCUGUUCAAGCGAAACUCGUUAAUGUUACGGUGGACGACCAAAAUUUAAGUUUGACGUAUACGCCAUCCGACGCGUGGGUAGAUGGCACGGAUUGCGAAGCAUGUACGGCCAAGUUGGACACUGAUAGACUUGUGCGUGGGACAUGGCAUGACUCUACGUUCCAACCUGGAGACAAAGAGCCGCAUAGAGUAUCAGUGUCCUUCAAUGGUACUGCCAUCUAUGUCGACUGUAUACUUGUCAAGAGUACCAGCAAUCCACCGCUCAAUGGCCAUUCUGACAUGAGGUUCUUUAUCGAUGGCGCGCUCGUCGGCCGGUUCGCACGAGAUAUAGCCAACGACUCUACUUCGACGUACGAGUACGGAAGUACGGUCUACGCCAACACAUGUAUUCCUGCUGGGCUCCAUACGUUCCGGCUACAGAACGGUCAUACGAAUAGCACACAGCAGUCUCUAGUACUUCUUGAUGCGAUCACUUACUCAUACGAUGAUGGAGAACCUGAUGGUUCUGUUACUGUUUAUUCCACGGCGACGGAAAGCCUCGGAAUAACCGAGACUGGAACUCCGGACCCAGAAGAUGCUGUCUCCUCCGAAUCUUCGAAUGUCGCUUCUGUAGUGGCUCCCGCGGUUGUCAUACCGCUCGUUCUUGUGGCAUCGAUAUUCGCACUGGCUCUAUACCUUCGGCGCCGCAGACGCCGUCGUCAUCCUGUUAUCGGGGUGUACGGGCCGAGUACCUGGGGUCAGCCGACAUAUGCGGCGACUACCUCUUAUCCUCCGACUCGACUAGUAUCGUCGACGACUGAGUUUGAUCCCAGUCGAGGACCAGCUCCUCCUGCAUACGAGGCUUCAGUCCGAGGAACAGGUGUCCUCGAAGAAGAUGGGAAGAUACGGCUGCCGCCUUGAGAUAUGAUCCUUCCGGCUCUUUUUUAACCUCUCCAAUUCGAUUUUUCGCUUAGAUACCUUCCAAGCACUGAACAAAUAUGAUGCGAAUUCAUAGCCAUGUCGACGCCAAAUGAUAGCGCAGUUCAGCAUAAAGAUGUUCCAUUUGAGCAAUCCCUGAGGCGCUUAUUGUACAUGUCGGCCGAAACUACGAUAUAAUGAUUAUUGAACAGUUCAAGCACGGGUAAGAGUGACAUCCUGAACCGAGAGUGCUCUUCUACAGGGAUAGUUGGGAUAGGGAGCUGCCAGUCGGGUAGAUGACUGUACGACUAAUAAAUAUCCAAAAAAGCGCCAAAAAUGUGGCCCAUUAUAGAG